UACACAUGCUCCAAUACCGAUCAAGUAGUGAGCCUCUAGCUCCUUUUAAGUUGCAGGGCACUUGUCAUGCACGUCCACAUCCCCCUCUUCGUCCUCCCGAAAACCCAUUCUCCAAUCUCCACACGGUGAACCCACCAUUUAUACGCACAACGCAUCGAUUCGAUCGCAUGAACGAUCGCCACAAGCAACUGGAUUGAUCGAUCGAUCGAUCGUGAGGAACAAACAAUGCCUUGCCUGGCACAGGAGUAUCAUCCCAAGCUACCAGCCACCAAUCACUACUGCAAGUCCCUCUCCUCCCUCAUCAGGGAGACCUACGCCCACUGCCAUGUCCCCUGCGCCAGGAUCCCCGCCGCCGGCUGGAGCUCCGGCGACGACAGCGACGACGAUGACAGCUUGCUCGACGAAGUGCUCGACACCAAGCAGGUGAUCAUGAACGAGAUGAGGAACCGGCAGAUGAAGAAGAGGGCGAGGUGCAGCCUGGAUUCCCCGAUGUCGAGCCCGUUCGUCUGGUCGUUCACGCCGCUCGACCCGAGGAGCGUUCUGGAGAAGUUUCCGAGUCCCAAGGAGUCGGUAACGGAGGAGGAGAAGACGACGGGCAAGGAGGAGGAGGUAGGCGGCGACGCCGACGACGAGAGCGAGGCGUUCUUCUCGGUGAAGAGCUUCUUCUCGCGCAGCACGAGCCGUGGCGCGACCGUGGCGUCGUCGGCGUUCGCCGCCGUGGACCCGCCGCCUCCCCUGCUGUCGCCGGCGAAGUGGGAGGGGCUCCGUGACUGCGAGGGGUGGCCGUUCGGGCUGUGCCGCCUCCCCGGCCCCGCCGUCCUGCCGCUGCCGCCGCUGCCCAGCACGCCGGCCGACUCGUGGCAGUGGCGCAAGUGCAGCAGCAACCUCGCCGGGAGCCCGGCUCCAGCUUACAGUUACAAGACUACUCCGAGUAGGAGCAGCAGCUGAACUUUGUCGAAGCUAUUAGCCAAGACGAACCUUUUUAACCGUCCAUUCUAGCAAGCGGCAACGCUGCGGCGGGCAUGCGACGAUGAAUGCGAGAUUUUCACUCAGGUAUAGUUAACCUCGUUGUGUGGAGAGAUCGAUAUGAUGAUGUGAGAGUGUGCUUCUUGUAAUCUUGUUGGUUUCCGUUUGGAUUUUUGGAACAACAUGCAAUUUGGUUUGCAUGUAUUGGUGUAAUCGUGUCGUAUACUCGUGUACUCCUGUGUGCUGAAUAACUCGGAUGAACCUUGAGAUUUUUCAGAGCUGCA